CCAGUCACCACGAACAUCACAAUGGUGUGAUGCUCGCUGAUGAAAAUUCUUCAGGACAAAACACUUGAGUUGGUUGGUAGGUUGGUUUCAGGGCCCCUUUUUUGCUGGUUACCAUCUUUUUUGUUAAAAAAAAAAAUUGUUCUUCUCCUCUUGGCAGCUUUUGGGUUUGCUUGCCUGUGGGUGAGUGGGGCAGCAGCAUCAUGCAUGACAGGCAUGCUGCCACCAUUUGAUCUGAUUUUAAAAAAAAACUGAAUCAUGCUUCUCCUGCCUACCCUGAUAAUUGCAAGCUCUCUUUCUCUCUCUCGACAAGCGCCAUGGAAUCUGAGCCGUAAAAGAAGGGAGGGUGUGAGAAAAGGUGGUCUUCGUGGACUCGUGGCCAUUCUCCUCCAUUUUAUUCUCGUGACUUUACGGAUGCUUUGCUUCAUGGAGUCGUGCUUCGUGGGCCCAUUCAUGCAAGAUCACACCAGUCCCCUUCAAACAUUAGGAAGAGGCUGGUUCUCCAUACUUCUCCUUUUUGUCUUUCUAGUUGUCGUUGCAGUGUAGGCGUAGACUGGUGAUAGCAGAUCUACGCGUUUUCCUGGCUUCCUCCGACUUCUUUCCUUGAAGUUCUGCGGCUGACCGCCAGCUUACUUCCGAGAGUGUCAACCUUCCUUUCUCCUUGGCUUCGUUCCUUACCCUUCCUAGCUCCUCCUCCUCCACUUCUGGUCCUCUCGCCCGUUUUCCAACCAUACCUGUCCCUUUUCCUUCCUUUUACUUUUCUUAUAGCAGUUUGUUUGUUUACCCAAACUCCUACUGGAGCUGCCAUCACAUGGUCCCCAACCUCUCCUGAAAUUCUCUCUCUCUCUCUCUCUGGUCGGUUUGAUGGGCUCUCAGAAUAGUUUAUUUUGCGUCGUUACUUGAGGAAGAUUCUUCGAUUUUUUUUCCUUCUCCAAUAUCAGUAAUGUUGGUCGCCGUAGCCGACACUUGGCAGGCCUAAUUCUCUCUCUCUCUCUCUCUCUCUCUCUCUCUCAAAGGCCAGGAGGACCUGGCCUCUGGGUCUGAAAGAGCUUGUCCCCUCGAGUCCCCCCCUCCUUUGCAGCAACUGGUGGGACUGCGGCCGGUCUUGCUUCCUACUCCAAUUCCGGGGCACCUUUUUCUCCAGCAGAAGCAGCAGGGCAGCGCUUUCUCUCUCUUUGGGUGAUAAACACGGAAAAUUACGGUUCUUAGUUUACUCGAGAGUCUUUUGGACUCUGGCGGUGCUUCUGAACUCAAAUGCGUUCUUUCACGUCUUCAAUUGGCUUUGUUUGGCGGAAUCAGAAAGAUGGCCCCUAUUAAGCACAAGUCAUAUGGUUUCUACCAUGAAGGCAACGAGUGGUUCUUUAGCGCUGCUUUGCCCACUGAUAUUACUGUCCAAGUAGAUGAGACACUCUUCCAUCUUCACAAGUUCCCUCUUGUAUCAAAAUGUGGGAAGAUUGCAAAAAUGCUAGAAGAAUCUCAUGAUAAUCCAGGAGAGCUCCCUCAUAUAAACUUAUUUGCAUUUCCAGGAGGAACUGAGACUUUUAUUAUUAUUGCAAAAUUCUGUUAUGGAAUCAAAUUUGAACUGGCACCCACAAACUUUGUUGCAGUAUAUUGCGCAGCAGAUUAUCUUGAAAUGACAGAGGGAUAUGGGGAAGACAAUUUGCUGGCAAAAUCUGAAGCUUUUCUCCACAGAACCAUCCUUCGCAGUUGGAAAGAUUGUCUAUUGUGCCUUCAAAGUUGUGAAGCUGUUCUCAUAAAGUCUGAAGAACUUCAAAUCGUGAACAAAUGCGUCAAUGCUAUAUCUAUGAUGGCAUGUACAGAUCCCAGUUUAUUUGGGUGGCCCAUGAUGAUGUACGGUAGCCUGCAAAGUCCAGGAGGAAGCAUCCUUUGGAAUGGAAUAAACACCGGAGCAAGGAUAAGAAGCUCACAGUCUGACUGGUGGUUUGAUGAUAUCUCAUGCAUUAGCAUCCCCUUGUUUGAGAAGCUUAUUAAUGUGAUGAAAGCAAGGGGGGUAAGGAUAGAAAGCAUAGCAGGUGCCAUAAUGAACUAUGGCAAAAAUCACCUGCCAGGUCUUAGCCGUUGGCAUGCUGACCUAGGUAAUAGUUGCAGAAAAAUUUCUAGCUUUGGCUUACCUCCUUCAAGUGUUGAUCAGAAAGAAUUGCUAGAAUGCAUUGAAAGUUUAUUACCUGAAAAGAAGGGAAGAUCUUUCUGCCAGUUUUUAAUGGGAGCUCUCAGAGUUGCCAACAUUCUGCAUGCUAGCCAAUCAUGCAAAGAACGUUUGGAGAGGAGAAUAGGGAUGCAGCUGGAUUUGGCGACAAUUGAUGGCCUUCUCAUUCCUUCUUACUCUGACUCAGAUGACCUGUAUGAUACUGAUUCUGUAGAGCGUAUUGUGCAGCACUUUGUGUCAUGUGAAGGGAAAAGCAUAACUGCAUUCUCUCCAUCAUCAAUUGAAUUUGGAACAGAUGUAGGAAGUCCACCUUCGUCUCCUUCAAAAAAGGUUGCGAAGCUACUAGAUGGCUAUCUAGCAGAGAUUGGAUCUGAUGUGAACCUGAAAGUUGAAAAAUUCCGUGCGCUUGCUGCUUCUCUCCCAGAAUCUUCAAGGUCCUUUCAUGAUGGGCUUUAUAGAGCUGUGGACAUUUAUUUGAAGGCACAUCCUUGGCUUUCAGAGAGAGAACGAGAGCAACUCUGCAAUGUUAUUAGCUACCAAAAACUGUCAAUGGAUGCAUGCACACAUGCUGCACAUAAUAAUCGCUUGCCACUGAGGGUGGUUGUCCAAGUUCUGUUUUUCGAGCAGCUUCAAUUAAGGAAUGCAGUUGCUUCUUGCUACCAUGCUUCUGAUAAUGACAAUGACAUAGCUGCUACUGCCGAGGGCACUGAUAAUCUAAUGACUGGACGUAUUAUGCAAAGAGAUAGCUGGGUAAGUGUAGUAAGAGAAAACCAUGUCUUAAGAGUGGACAUGGAGAAGAUGAGAUCCAGAGUUGGGGAGCUAGAACAAGAGUUUGGGAGCAUAAAACAUGAGAUCGCAAAAUUAGGGAGAUCUUCAUUUAGCACACCACGGCUGGUCUCCAAGGGAAUUGGGUGCAAGCUUCUGCCUGUUGUGAACACACAACAAGCAGGUGCAAGUCUUGAAACGACAGGCCGUAGUCCAAGGCAGUCAAUUGAGCGAACACUUCAAUCUCGCCAUUCUAGACAUAGGAAGAGCUUUUCAUUGUUUUGAAUGCAAUGCAAGCUCGUUUUGUUCUUUGAGACAUAGAAAUUUGGAUUGGCUACUGGUCUUUCAGUUGAAGGUGUGAACCCAAAGAAAUGUCAAACUAAAGGAGUACACGAGAUGUACUAAAUGCUGUAAUGUAUCUCUUUUGCUAGGUGGGUUGCAUAUUUUCCUGGUACGAGGUGAUGAUGAUGAGAAUUACUACCUCAAAGCAAUUACCACUAAGUCUUCUUCUUGCUACUGGAGCAGGUUGCCUGACUGCUCUCUGGAGAAUUGUGGGCUGUAAGAUAUGAUGCAAAUGGGUUAAAUUCCUUUUGACACUAGCCAAAGCAAAAGAAGCUGACUCGAAGAAAAGCAAGAUAAGUACUUUUUUCAUUUGACUGAACAGAAAGAAGGUGAAACUUGUGGAUCUUGAGUACAAUUCAAUCAUUUGUGAAUAAAAAGAAAAAGAGAUGGGUUGUCACUCGAGCUGUUUUUUGCAUAGAAGAUGCUGUAUCCGAGUUGGCGGCUGUGGACUGGAAAAACAUAUCUUUCUGGUUUCACAUUACGGUUGUCCAUGGACCUGGUUGCUUCUGAAGGUCACACAUAUCAAUAUACCUGAGUCAAGGUCGAGGGAUUUUGUUCCCUUGGCAUUGUCAUUCUUUCAUGUGCAAAUGCCUUUUCUCUUUUAAUCUUUCAUCUCCAUGGUUGCAUUUUCCGUUGCUAGAUUUGUAUGCAAGAUAAGAGCUGUUGCCUUGUCGAGUUAUUGUUGUUUAAUGGUUGGUGAAAGCUUCUUGCAUGAAGUUAGUCAAUAGUUGUUGCGAAAGCAUGAGAACUUCCAGCAGAGCUGUUGGAGUCUGUUUUCAGAGGCGACAUUGCAGCUUUUUCUUC